GUGCUGUCGGUGCAUGUGUUCCCUGUAAUGCAGGCGAGCCGCUUUGAAUGUUUGGAGGAGGAGAAAGCAAUCCAGUCCAGCACAAUGUGGGAUGGCAGGAGGAGCUCCAGCCUAAAGAAAGAGAAGGGGGGAAGACGCGAGCGGAUAAACUGAAAGAGGAGGAAAAAAGAGGCUGGAUUGGAAACUACGGGGUUAAGUAAACUAACAUUCAAUAAAAAAAACGACCGAUAACGUUUGGAGCUGAAGACAGCGUUGCAGAUUACCGAAAGGAAGGUGCUGAUCACUCCACGGUUUAAUCGGCGUAUACGAAAAGGGGAAAAAAGAAAUCAACCGCAGCCGAGGUGAGCAGCCGUAAAUAUUUGAUCCAAAAAAGUAAAAACGAACAAAGGUUUGGCAUAUCACGAGUGCUAUUAUUAAAACGAUAGAGAGAAAAUAAAAAGUGAAUUGGAUUUCUCUCCUCACAAGUCCUGCCGUUCAUGAACCUGGAGCAUGACGGAUGAAAGCAGUCUGUGGGACAAGCGUCUAUAAGUUCGGGUCUUUGGUACCGGAGCAUCUUGUUAAUCUUGUCCCUGUGUCCGUCUGAUGAUGAAGACAAUGCCUACUUUUAAUGGCUCGUGGUCAGCUUUGACACUUCCACGGAGAGAAAAGGCCAACUUUCAGGGAUAACUGUGAUACUCUUGGCUAAUAUUUCACUGAAGUGUCUCCAGUGAGUUCACCAGCGAGAAACGAUGCUGCAGUGAAGCUGCCGCUUUUCUGGAGUGGCUCCGGGUUCGAUGCAGUUGGGCUGCGCGCCAAGAGAUGGUUAUGGGAUCGAGAAAGCCGUAAACACUCACUCAGAGAUGCCUUUCGGUGUUUUCUCCUCUUUCACCUGCGGAGAGUGGUAAUUGCACGCUGGCAUAAAGGGAUAAAAAGAGACGGCCAACUCGCAGUGACGGCCGGCAUCCUCCGUCAAAUGUCCACGUGUGGGAGAGACCCCGGCGAUCGUGCUGCGUGGCUGAAGUGAACGCCGGGCUGCCUGCGUCCGCACCACAGACGAUGCGGGGAAGCGCAUGAGGACUUGCGGGCGCGGCGUGUUUUCACGAUGGCACAAACCAGUUUGCUGCAGGGGAAGCGGUUCUACUGCAGGGAAUGGGUUUUCCACAAGCUGCAGCACUGUCUGCAGGAGAAGACGAACAGCCUGUGUGGCGUGAGCGGCACCCCGAACAAGCAGGCGACCGGGACGGGCCCCGCCGGCUCCUCCUCGGGGAAGGGUUUGGCGUGGGGGGUGCUCCUGGUGGGAGGUCCCGGCAGCGGCAAGACGGCGCUGUGCACGGAGCUGCUGUGGCCCAGCUCGCCGCAGGGCAUGCACCGCGGCCUGCACCGCCAGGGCCUGGCAUUCCACUUCUGCCGGGCAGACGACGUGGGCACGCUGUGCGCCGGCGGCUUCGUGCGGACCCUGGUGGGCCAGAUCUCCUGCAGCGGGCUGCUUCCGGGAUACGAGGAGAAGGUGCGAGAGCCGGCCGCCCAGAGCGCCUUGCUGCCUGGGGAGUGUGAGAGGAACCCCACAGAGGCCUUCAAGAGAUGCGUCCUCCUGCCGCUCCUGGGCGUCCAGCCCCCACAGCAGUCCCUCUUCAUCCUGGUGGACUCCAUCGACGAGGGCUGCCAGCUGGGCGAGGGCGAAUCGCGGGCCUCGGGGGCCCCCCGCACCAUCGCCGAGCUUCUGGCCAGCCACCACGAGUUCCUGCCGCCUUGGCUGUUGCUUAUCUGCUCUGCCCGCCGCCAGAACAAGGCCAUCACCAAGCUGUUUACAGGAUUUCGCAAGAUCAGCCUGGAUGACCUCCGGAAAGCGUACAUCGUCAAAGACGUGCAGCAGUACAUCCUGCACCGCCUGGACCAGGAGGAGGCUCUCAGGCAGCACCUAACCAAGGAGACGGCCGAGAUGUUGAACCAGCUUCACAUCAAGAGCAGCGGCUGUUUCCUGUACUUAGAGCGGGUACUCGAUGGAGUGGUGGAGAACUUCAUCAUGCUGCGUGAGAUCCGCGACAUCCCUGGGACACUGAACGGCCUUUACCUGUGGCUGUGCCAGAGACUGUUUGUAAGGAAGCAGUUCACCAAAGUGCAGCCCAUCCUCAACGUGAUCCUAGCCUCAUGUAGGCCCCUGACAGUCAAGGAGCUUUACCAUGCUGUCUGGACGAAAAACAUGACGUUGACCAUGGAAGAGUUUCAAAGGAAAAUGGACAUCCUCUCGAAGUUGCUGGUCAACGGCUUGGGCAGCACAAAGAUUCUUUUUCACUAUAGUUUUGCUGAAUGGCUGUUGGAUGUCAAGCACUGCACUCAGAAAUAUCUCUGCAAUGCGGCAGAAGGACACAGAAUGAUGGCAAUGAGCUUCACCUGCCGGGCCAAAGAGCUCAAGCCACAGGAGGUGCAAGAGUUUGCAUUGCAUUUGAUUAACUCAAACCUGCAGAUAGAGCCCUUUAAUCUUGCACUCUGGAUGGUAUGGAAUGGCACACCAGCAAAGGACUCCUUGACAACAUCCAUACCCAAAGAACAGGAGGUAUUGCAGCUCCUGGUCAAAGCUGGUGCCCACGUCAAUAGUGAGGAUGACCGUGCAUCUUGCAUUGUGCAGCAAGCCUUGGAAAGAGAAGACUCGAUUCGGACUUUGCUGGACAAUGGGGCCCCCGUGAACCAAAGCGACUCCAACGGUAGAACUUUGCUAGCCAAUGCGGCAUACAGUGGUAACCUAGACGUAGUAAACCUUCUAAUCUCCAGAAGAGCAAACUUGGAGCUCGAAGACAGCAAUGGACAGACGGCACUUACGCUGGCAGCAAGGCAAGGGCACACUAAAGUAGUGAACUGUCUCAUUGGCUGUGGGGCGAACAUCAAUCACACGGACCAUGAUGGCUGGACAGCCCUGAGGUCGGCUGCUUGGGGGGGUCAUUCAGAAGUAGUGUCUGCCCUUUUGUAUGCUGGUGCAAAAGUGGACUGUGCAGAUGCUGACAGCAGGACGGCCCUGAGGGCUGCAGCUUGGGGCGGUCAUGAGGACAUAGUGCUGAACCUGCUCCAGCAUGGGGCAGAGGUUAACAAAGCCGAUAAUGAAGGAAGGACGGCACUCAUUGCUGCAGCGUAUAUGGGCCACCGGGAGAUUGUGGAGCACCUACUGGACCAUGGAGCAGAAGUGAACCAUGAGGACGUCGAUGGGAGAACUGCCCUUUCGGUUGCAGCUCUGUGUGUCCCCGCCAGCAAAGGGCACGCCUCGGUCGUCAGCCUCCUCAUCGAACGGGGGGCAGAAGUUGACCACUGCGACAAGGAUUGUAUGACCCCUCUAUUGGUGGCUGGCUAUGAAGGACAUGUGGACGUUGUUGAUCUACUUCUGGAGGGUGGUGCGGACGUGGAUCACACGGACAACAACGGCAGGACCCCGCUCCUCGCGGCGGCAUCCAUGGGCCAUGCGUCAGUUGUAAACACCUUGCUGUUCUGGGGCGCGGCUGUGGACAGCAUCGACAGCGAGGGUAGGACAGUGUUGAGCAUAGCUUCUGCUCAGGGGAAUGUGGAGGUUGUUCGGACUCUGCUGGACAGAGGACUGGAUGAGAAUCACCGGGAUGAUGCUGGCUGGACCCCUCUCCACAUGGCUGCGUUCGAGGGACACCGGCAAGUCUGCGAAGCUCUAAUUGAGCAAGGAGCACGAUGUUCGGAAGUAGAUAAUGAUGGACGCGUCCCGCUAAUACUGUCCGCACAAGAGGGCCAUUAUGACUGUGUGCAAAUCCUUUUAGAAAACAAGUCCAACAUCGAUCAGAGAGGCUAUGAUGGGAGGAACUCGCUUCGGGUGGCUGCACUGGAAGGCCACAGGGAUAUAGUGGAACUUCUCCUCAGCCAUGGUUCUGACAUAGACUUUAAAGAUGCAGAUGGACGCCCCACACUAUACAUCUUGGCACUUGAAAACCAGCUGGCUAUGGCAGAAUACUUCCUCGAGAAUGGGGCCAAUGUUGAGGCUAGUGACACAGAGGGGAGAACGGCCCUCCAUGUUUCCUGCUGGCAGGGGCAUAUGGAAAUGGUUAGGAUGCUGGUCAAUUGUCAUGCGAAUGUCAACUCUUGCGACAACGAGAAGCGGUCUGCCCUGCAGUCUGCAGCCUGGCAGGGUCAUACCAAAGUUGUCCAGUUCCUGAUCGAAAACGGCACCCAUGUGGACCACACGUGCAACCAGGGGGCAACUGCACUCUGCAUUGCAGCCCAGGAAGGACACAUCGAUGUCGUCCAGAUCCUACUUGAGCACGGCGCGGACCCCAACCAUGCCGAUCAGUUUGGCCGCACGGCCAUGCGGGUGGCCGCGAAAGGGGGGCACUCUCAAAUCAUAAAGCUCCUGGAAAAGUAUGGUGCCUCAAGCUUGAAUGGCUGCAGCCCCUCCCCAGUACACACGAUGGAAGAGAAGACUCCCAUCUCUGUUUCUGGAAAGAUGCAGUCACUCACAAUAAAGUCAAACAGCUCCGGUAGCACAGGAGCAGGCGACCUCCAGCCAUCAGGACGAGGUCUGUCGAAUGGGCCGGGCCACGCCUUCAGCUCCCCGUCGGAGUCCCCCGACUCUACAGUAGACCGGCAGAAGUCCUCCCUCUCAAAUAAUUCCCUCAAAAGUUCUAAGAAUUCAUCCCUGAGGACAACAUCAUCCACUGCGACAGCCCAGACUGUUCCAAUAGACAGUUUCCACGGGCUCACAUUCACCGAGCAGAUACAGCAGCAUUCUCUGCCUCGUAGCCGAAGUAGACAGUCUAUUGUUUCCCCGUCCUCCACCACUAAGUCCAUCGGACUACAGCCUAGCUCUCCAUCCAGUGAAUUUGAAUGGAGCCAAGUGAAAUCCAGUCUAAAAUCAACCAAAGGAAGUAAAAUUGGAAAUGGCACAUCCAACACCUCGAGCAAAGGACUUUCGGGAGAGAAGAAGAAGUCUAAGAACAGUAGUUCAACCCAGGGUCCUGUGUUAGAAUACGAGAUGACCCAGUUGGACAAAAGAAACGCCCUUACAAAACCAGUCUCAAACAUCGGAUUGAAGGAUCCACAGUGCAAGAUCGUCGUCCCAUCCUCCGCCCAGCAAGAAGUGGGACGCUCGCAACAGCAAUUCCUCAUCCAGCAGCAGAGUAGUUCAGAGAAGAAGCGGAACGGCAUCAUGACCAACCCUAAUUACCACCUACAGGGCAAUCAGGUGUUCCUUGGCAGAGUGUCUGUUCCCAGGACUGUACAAGAUAGAGGGCACCAGGAUGUCCUUGAUGGCUACCCAAUUGGUGAGACAGAAUUAAGCCUUAAACAAGCCCUCAAACUACAGAUUGAAGGAUCAGAAUCUGGCUUUAACUACAAAAAAGAGACCCCAUUGUAACUGGCUUGUCAAGAGGAGCAUCUGUUGUUCAGGAGGAGAUGAUCAGUAGUCUGCAUAUUACUGAUCUUGCACCUCAGAAGCUUGCAAAAAAACUCUGGUCUCUGCACACGGAUAAUGUAGACUGAUGCUGCAAUGUGCCUACGGUUGGGACGGCGUUUUCAGUGUAACCCUGCACGCUACCAUUUUAUUUAACAUAUCAAUAUUUAAUGCGUAGAGGAUGCACUUUUCAUUUUUGUUUGGUUUGGUUUCUCAUGUGUGUGUUUGUUUUUUGUUUUUUUUGCUUGUUUCCUAACAAACUAAUUGUCGAAUUUGUACAAUGUUUCCCCCCGCCCCCCCCCCAUUUCCUUUUGUGUGUUUAAUUUUUUUGCCUGCAAAUGUACGUGCUUGGGACAAUGUACUGGCAAGUACAGUAUCGCAACAACAUCGUAGUAUUAAUGCAUUUCAUGACACCGGGUAACAUCAUUGAAUCUCCGCCUCUUUGACCAUCCAGAGUUUCACAUCUAUGCGCUGAACAUCUAGUACAUUGUAUGUAUAGUAGCACUGCUAAUUUGCAAUAUGGGUGUAAUCAAGCAUAUUUAUUAUGGAAAAAGCCACUUUGUAUUGUAUUGUUUUUUUUUUAACAUGGUGCUGUGUCUAUAUUUUGCCUGCAGAAAUGCAGGACUCCAUCCUAGUGAAUGACUUUUGUUUGUUACACAUAGUGUUACUGGCUGCAAGGGAACAGAAGUCAUGGAACUCAAACUCACUUGGUUUUGUUUUGUCCCUGUGGGACGUUUACUUGUUGUUGUUGUUGUUGUUGUUGUUGUUUUUUUUAAAUCCCAUUUUAAAUUUGAACAACAAUCUCAUCACGUGCAAGUUUGGUGCUAAAUAUGACAUUUCAUUUAAAGUAGUGAUACUCCCCCAUGUGUGCUCUGCAAUGCAAGAAAAAAAUGCAAACAUAGCCCCUCCCCCCACCCCAGAUGGCAGUUGGACUAUAUGUCUGACAAGGCUGCACAGUUUACUUUAAACAGCACAGGUUUUUCCCGUUUUCAAAAUGGCUGACUUUGCAGCACAACCCCACCACCCCCCAGACACACACACACCCGCCCCAAGAUAAACUUCUCUCCAGGCAGCAGUCUUGAAACCAAAAUAUUUGUGAAGCAUCGUUCAAAGUGUUGCAUUACAUUUGUGUUAAAACGUGAGACAGAGUGGGUGGAAGAUGUGUGUGAGCUUUCCGGAAAGUCGGGCGCUGGGCUUUGGAACGGGACGGGCUGCGGGACUGCAAGCAGCUGUUUCUCCUGGGCCAGCGGGAGGCGUGUGUGAGCAUUUUUCUGUAACGUCAUAUUUUUGCUGGCUUUUCAGAGCCCUGUCAGUGUGCCGCCUCGCCGAGAAGAAAAUGGAAAGCAGAACGGAAAAAUCAUUGUCUUUGAUGCACAAUUACACUUAAAGAAGGCGAAACGUGGCAAUCUGUCAGAUAAAGGUCUAACUCUCCUCCGCCCCUUUGGACAAGAAGUUGAAGUGAGAACUGUAAAUAAAAAACAGAAGGGCAUGUUGGACUGAACAGUGAAUAAUUGUUGAGUCAUUCGUUAGGCCCUGAAGUUCAUUUUGGUUUCUUCUGCAAAAUGUCAUUUUUAUGUUUUUCAGUUUCAUUUAAAUCGGGUGAUUGUAAAUAGCUUACAAUGUACAUUAAACUUCAUUUCCAAAUUUUAUUUCCUGUAUUAUAUUGAGCUGAAUUUCCUGAUGUAUCUUAAAGUGCUUAAUAAAUCUAUUUGCUUUACUGCA